UUAGUCUUUCAACAAUCGUUGAAUAAGUCAGUGAUGAGUUUGCAUUAUCGUUGAUUACGGUGAAUUAAUUUAAGUCGCGCAAACAAUGCAGAGAUUAAUUUUGCUGACAAUAAUAUCCAAUUUAUGCUUGCAAUGCAUUUCACAUCCAUAUCCGUCAUUGCAGAAUGUUGAGAUCAUAGAUAUUGAAAGUGAUGGAAGUAAUCAGACUGAUAAUAAUUAUGAGCGUGUAUUCGUUAAAAUAGCACAGAAUUACAGGAAAAUAAAUGAGAAGCAAAAGUCAUCGGGUCAACAUGAUACCAGCCAUAAAUCAUCAACAAACUGUGGAUAUGAGUCCUGUCCAAAAAUAAAGCCUGAUAUGAUAAAUGUGCACUUAGUUGCUCAUACACAUGAUGACGUUGGAUGGCUAAAAACGGUCGAUCAAUAUUACUACGGCAGCAAAGGACUAAUACAAAAAGCUGGCGUUCAGUACAUCCUUGACACAGUUGUUCAAGCACUUCUUCAAGAUCCAUCAAAAAGGUUCAUUUAUGUCGAGUCAGCAUUUUUCGAAAAGUGGUGGCGGGAACAAGAUGAUAAACUAAAAGAGCAAGUGAAGAUGCUUGUAAAUGAGGGUCGGCUUGAAUUCAUUGGUGGUGCAUGGUCUAUGAAUGAUGAGGCGACAACACAUUAUCAGAGCAUUGUUGAUCAAUUUACAUGGGGCUUGAGAUUCCUUAAUGAUACAUUUGGUCAAUGUGGGCGUCCACGUGUUGGAUGGCAGAUAGAUCCGUUUGGUCAUUCAAGAGAACAAGCAUCAUUGUUUGCCAAAAUGGGAUUCGAUGGUUUAUUUAUUGGACGUUUGGAUUAUCAGGAUAAAUUGAAUCGAUUGAUGAAUAAAUCAGCAGAAAUGAUAUGGGAGUCGAGUGCGAAUUUAGAUAACACUGAUCUAUUCACUGGCGUGCUGUACAAUAAUUAUGGACCACCGAAUGGAUUCUGCUUUGAUAUUUUAUGUGAUGAUGAGCCCAUAAUUGAUGAUAAGCACAGUCCAGACUAUAAUGUUGAUAGGCGGGUCGAUGACUUUGUAAGUUAUGUUAAGAAUAUGUCUCAAGCAUACAAUACCCGUAAUGUCAUCAUCACAAUGGGUGAGGAUUUCAAUUAUCAGCUCGCACAAAUGUGGUUUAAAAACCUCGACAAGUUGAUAAAAUACACAAACAAACGCCAAGCUGAAGGACUCAACGUAAAUCUCUUCUAUUCAACACCAUCAUGCUACCUAAAAUCCCUCUACGAUGCAGGCAUAACAUGGCCAACGAAAAACGACGACUUCUUCCCAUACGCAAGUGAUCCACAUGCAUAUUGGACUGGAUAUUUCUCAUCUCGUCCAACAAUUAAGAGAUUCGAAAGAGUCGGUAAUCAUUACUUACAAGUUUGCAAGCAACUAUCGUCAUCAGCAAAAGUCCAAGAGAAAUUCUUUGAUGGACAUUUAAAAGUAUUAAGGAUGGCGAUGGGUAUUAUGCAACAUCAUGAUGCAGUAACUGGAACAGAGAAGCAACAUGUUGCAAAUGAUUAUAGUCGAAGAUUAGAUCUGGCCAUGUCGGCAUGUGGUUUAAAUAUAAAAUCAUCACUCAAUCAAUUUGUUACUAACAAAUCGCCUUCGAUUCCACCGACAUCAGAGAGCAGUAUAAAGGCAAACCACACGUCAAUGGUAGAAUCAGAUUAUUGGGAUUUACAAUUCGAAUCUUGUCUCAAUUUGAAUAUAUCUGUAUGUAAAAUAUCGGAGGAUUCCAAUCAAUUUAUGGUUACUGUUUAUAAUCCAUUGGCUCAUGCUACAUAUCAAUACGUACGAAUGCCAGUGUCUGGCUCUAAAUAUGAAGUUCGUGACUAUCGUAAUAUUAUUGUGCCAUCUCAAUUAGUUUCAAUUCCCAGUAGCAUCAAAUCAAUUGACUAUCGUUUGAGUAGUUCCAACAAUGAAAUUGUCUUACAAGCAACAGAAGUUCCAGCAUUCGGAUAUAAAUCUUACUUUGUAUCUCGCAUCAUGAAUGAAAUUGAACCAAGUGUGAUUCACGUAACGAGACGACACAAACGUAAACCAGAAAUAGUUGUUAUUGGAAAUGAGCAAGUGAAUGUGACAUUUGAUGUCAAUGGACUUUUGUCACAAAUAUGUGUAUCAGGUGGAACUUGUAGUAAAUUAUCCCAAAAAUUCCUUUAUUAUAAAGGUGCAGUUGGAAACAAUGAAAUAUAUGAGAAUAGAUCAUCAGGUGCAUACAUCUUUCGUCCUGAUCCAAAAUCAUCCGAGAAAGAGAUUGCAAAGCAUGCAACAAUUGAUGUCAUAAAAGGUGAGGAGGUUGAUGAAGUUCACCAAACAUUCAACGAGUGGUUAAGUCAGGUCGUUCGUAUCUACAAGACAGAGAAUUUUGUUGAAUUUGAGUGGCUUGUUGGACCGAUUCCAAUUGACGAUGGAGCUGGCAAAGAAAUUAUUUCACGUUUUUACACGGUCAUGAAAACAGAUGGUGUCUUCUACACUGAUUCUAAUGGACGAGAAAUGCUGAAAAGAAAGCGAAAUCAUCGUGAUACGUGGAAGGUUAAUAUAAAAGAGCCAGUGGCUGGAAAUUAUUAUCCAAUAAAUACAAAAAUAGCUAUUGAAGAUAAGGAACAUCGAUUGGCUGUAUUGACAGACCGUGCUCAAGGUGGUUCGAGUCUUUAUGACGGCACUGUCGAACUGAUGAUUCAUCGCAGGCUAUUACAUGACGAUGCUUUUGGCGUUGGUGAAGCACUGAAUGAGACAGCAUAUGGCGGUAAAGGUUUGAUUGCGCGUGGAAAACAUUAUUUAAUUUUUGGCAAGAAAACAAAUGAAUCUCCAACGCUUGAGGGACAAGAACGUUUACUGCAAAAUCGUGUAUUGAUUCCAAAUUGGCUGUUCUUCGAUGAUGUUUCGAGCAUUAGCUAUGAUGAUUGGACGAAAAAAUAUUCGAAUAUUCAUUCAUCCAUAGGAUUGUCUUUACCACAAAAUGUCUAUUUCAUGACAUUUGAGCCGUGGAAAGAUGGAACGUUCUUAAUUCGAUUUGAACAUUUAUUGGAGAAAAACGAAGAUCCGGAGCUUUCAAAAACCGUGAGAUUUAAUUUAACGGAUGUCUUUCCAGGCUAUGAAAUUGACUUGAAAGAAGUCACAUUAUCGGCAAAUCAAUGGAUUGAGGAAUUACAAAGAUUGCAUUUCAAGUCAGAAGGUGCCGAUUUACUCGAUGAAAUAAAUUUAACUGAUAGUGAUAAGCUUAAGCCUGUAAUUGAUAUGGAAAUUACACUUGAUCCGAUGGAAAUGAGGACAUUUGUGAUGACUAUGUGGGCUAAAGUUUAGAUUAAAUUUAAUCUCAUAUAGAAUCAAUUGGAUUGAACAUUAUGAUUCCUAUACUGAGUAAAUAUAAUGUGACAAUCUGACUGGUUCUUUUAUAGACUGUAAUAAAAACCAAUUAAAAAACUUUUUUUUAUACACGAA